AUGACACCCUGCCCAGACACCCAGCACGGCACAAGGAGGUCGGACAUCGAGGUGCUGCCCCUCUCCUUGAUGCCAGCCACACUCCUCAUCCUCCUCAUCCUCCUCAGCCCCACCGGCACCACCUCUGAGCCCGAGAUAUUGCCAUUCCCAGAGAUCCGUCUCACCAACGGGCCCAGCCGGUGCCAGGGGCGGGUGGAGAUCCUCUACAACGGCUCCUGGGGGACGGUGUGCGACGACGACUGGGACAUCGUGGAUGCCAACGUGGUGUGUCGCCAGCUGGGCUGUGGCCAUGCCAUCACCCUGCCAGCUGCCAUGACCUUUGGCCAGGGGAGUGGGCCCAUCUUCCUGGACAAUGUGGACUGCAAGGGCUGGGAGGCAGCCCUGAGCGAGUGCUGGAGCCACGGCUGGGGCAUCCACAACUGCUACCACUAUGAGGACGUGGCUGUUGUGUGCAAUGAGUUCUCACCCACACAAGUCAGCGAAGGACCGACCACCAGGACCCUCACAGCCUCGGUACAGGACGGGGAAAGUGACGGCAGCAUCCGCCUGGUGAGCGGCCCCGACACCUGCCAGGGCCGGGUGGAGAUCUUCUACCGAGGGAACUGGGGCACCGUCUGCGAUGAUGACUGGGGCCUGAGCGACGCCAGCGUGGUCUGCAAGCAGCUGGGCUGUGGGCAAGCCCUGGAUUACAAGAGCAAUGCCUAUUUUGGCUAUGGAACAGGACGUAUCCUCCUGGACAACGUCAACUGCGACGGCAGCGAGCCCUUCCUGUCUGCCUGCUACAGCCUCGGCUGGGGCAUCCAUAACUGCGGCCACCACGAGGAUGCUGGGGUCAUCUGCACAGGUACUGGGCAGGGCAUCACCCUCAGGGUGUCACCUCUGUCCCUCUGUGUCACCACAGGGCUGGACACAUCCACCAUCACAUCAUUCACCACCUCGGUAGCCCUGGACUCCGAGGAGACGCUCACAGCCACAGCCACAGUGACAGACAGCAGGGACCAGCCCUCCCAGGCCACCGAGGUGGUCACCACCACGCUCCUGACCAUGGAGCAGGAAAGUGGCGGCUUGCGGCUGGCGAACGGGAACGGGAGCUGCCGCGGGCGGGUGGAGGUGCGGCACCGCGGCACCUGGGGCACCGUCUGCGACGACGACUGGGACUUCCCCGACGCCCAGGUGGUUUGCCGGCAGCUGGGCUGCGGCACCGCCCUCGCCGCCACCGUGCUCGGCUCCUUCGGCUACGGCAGCGGGCCCGUGCUGCUGGAUAACGUGGGCUGCGGCGGUGGCGAGGCGCGCCUGGCCGACUGCUUCCACCUGGGAUGGGGACAGCACAACUGCGGCCACCACGAGGAUGCCGGGGUCAUCUGCCGAGGUGCUGAUGACACUGAAGACCAUUUCCAAGAAGCCACUGCUACAACCACCACCUUGGCCCUGACUCGUCCCAAGGAGGGGUCCCUGCGCCUGGUGAACGGCAGCCACCGCUGCGAGGGGCGCGUGGAGAUGUUCUACCUGUCCCAGUGGGGCACGGUGUGUGACGACGCCUGGGACCUGCGGGACGCCAGGGUGGUGUGCAGGCAGCUGGGCUGUGGCCACGCCCUGGCAGCCUGGGGGGAGGCACACUACGGCCAAGGCACCGGCUACAUCUUCCUCGACAACCUCAAGUGCAAGGGCCACGAGCCCUCGCUGCUGCGCUGCUCCCACAUCCGCUGGGACGUCCACAACUGCGACCACUCCGAGGAUGCCGGUGCUGUCUGUGACAUCCUAUGA